GUAAACAAUACGUGUCGAAUUCUGUUUUAAUCAAAAAUUUAAACAAAAAAUCUUUGUAAAUCCCAAAAAUGGCUGAAACUGAGGACCCCAUUCAACGCAGGGUUCAAAAAGUGCUCGAAACGCGUUACGAAAACAACAAAGAAACUUUGGAAGUUCUUCAAGACCUUUCAACCUACUUUGGCGAAAACACGCUCGCCAAUCGUCGUAAUUUCCGUAAUUGCGUCGAAAAACGAAGUUUAGCCAUAAACGAUGAAUUUCUCGGAGCUUUUACCGACAUAAAAAACGUCGUCGAUGAAGUUUGUGGUAACAUCGCAGAAAUGUCGACUGCCGUCAAAGAAAUGAAAACUCGCCUUAAAAACACGGAAGAACAAACACAGGAAUUGAUCAGCAAAACAAAUCAACUUCAAGGAAAAAAUGAAAUCCUUCAAAAACAACACACAAUUGCGAGUGCCUUCAUCGAACAUUUCCAACUUUCGCCGGAAGAAGUGAAAAAAUUGGAUAAAAACAGCCCGAUCGACGAGGAAUUCUUCGGAAUCAUCAAAAAAAUCCAAGAAAUCCACAAAGAAUGCAAUUUUUUGGUGAAAAGUGGCACCGAAACGACCGCUUUUCUCGAUAUAAUGGAAGAAAUGAACGGAUUUCAGGAGUUGGCAUUGGAAAAACUUUAUAGAUGGACUCAAAAUCAUUGUCGGAACUUGGAUAGCAAUAAUGAGACCAUCGAUCCGUUAAUUAUGAAGGCAAUGCAACAACUUCAAGAUCGUCCCGGGCUAUUUAAAUGCACAAUUGACGAAUAUGCGGCGAAUCGCAGAACGAUUUUAGUGAGAAAUUUCAUCGACGUGCUCAAUAAAGGCCCGAAACCGAUAGAAAUGCAAGCAAAUGACCCGAAAAAGUACAUAAAUGACAUGAUGGCGUUCCUGCAUUCGUCGUUACUGGUCGAAAAAGAGAAUUUACUGCUGCUCGUGAAGAAUUGCGAUCAACUGGAUACCUCGAAUUUACUUCAGUCAGCAUUGGUGAGCAUUUCUGAUGGCAUUCCGCAUCCCCUAAAAAUGCGCGUGCAGAAUAUUUUGAAUUGCAAAGACACGAUUGUGCUUUAUUCCAUUUGUAAUUUGAUCAAAUUCUACCAAAAUAUCAUCCAUGGCUUGAUAAAAGGCGGAAAUGGGAAGCUUGAGACUUGUUUGGAGGAAUUAAGACAACUUUCGGAGACAGCGUACAUCUCGUCGAUCACGUUAAAGGUCAAAAGUCAUCUCCAACAAUUCAAUGAACAUCAAAUAAAUGACCUCAAUCCGCCUCCGAGCUUGUAUUCGUUACUUUCGUUGCUCAAAGAGAUCCUUUCUGUCGUCGCAAAUAUGGUAGAUGAGCGACAAUCGGACAUUACAAAGGUCGUUCAAUGCAUCGUUGAUCCCCUUUUGCAGCAAAUUAACGUCACAGCAUCACAAUUGACGACAACAACUGACAUGGCGGUUUUUAUUCUCAACUGCAUCUACGAAAUUCAAACAACUCUGGCGAUUUUUGAGUACAUGGAUCAACGAUUGGAGCUUUUGGAAGCCUCAAGUGAAGCACAACUCGAUACACUGACGUCGGAACAGGCAAAUUCGCUCGUUGCUAAUUUAAAUCUCACGCAAUUGUACACGGUUUUGAAGAGCGGAUCGAAAUUUGAUGCGCAUUUGUUAAAGUUGUUCCUUAAAAAGUUUGAUGAGUUUUUGGAGAUGCCCGAUAUUUUGUUUUUGCCGCAGACGAAUUUGCUGAUAGCCUCAUCGCAUCGAGAAGCGGUGCAGAAAAGGUCGUUUAAUGUCAUUCAUGCGAUCUAUAAGCAGUUGUAUGAGCGUGUGAUGGAUCCGGAAAGCGGGUUUGAUGCGAAUUUGUUCCAAAAGACGCCGGAUAUGGUGUUGGAAAUGUUGGGGUUGAAUGAGAAAUGAAGAUUUUCUGUGAAAAUAAAAUAAAGAAAAAUUAAUAAAGAA